AUGAGGAUCACUGAUGUAAAUUACCUGUGUCAUUAUGUGGAACAAAGGGCAAUAGGUUUACUUUAAAGCAGUGAUGUGCAAACUGCUGGAAUGUGAUUAGAUUGCUCAUUGGAAUGUCAGUGUCCCUCAGCUGUGUAUUGUGGAAUAUCAGCACUUGAAAGGCUGAAAAAACACAUGUGUAUAUACACAAAAUGUGACAGGGAACCUUGUAGCUUCAAGUUUAUGUUAAAAUGACUGAUGUUAAAAAGGCCACAGCAUCAAAUAUAAGGAACAACCCACACCUGCAGAUAGCUGAGAAUCAAUAAGCUAAAGUUUGUCUUUUGCUCCACUGAAAACAACUUCAAUGUGAGUGCUGCACAUCUCACCAUAAACAUUAUUGACUUAAAUCCAGAGCUGACCACUUCAGGUCCACAUGUGCUCUCAGUGAGGUUGUGAACACACUAGUGUCUGCAUGGGACCUAACUCCUCUGAUUCUCCAACAAACAAGAUGCAGAACAGGACUGAGAAGUUUGGAGGUCAGCUGCCUCCCUUUGUUCCAGCCAGCAGCUCUCAGAGAGGUCUGUUCAGGAAGAGCACCACCUACCUGGCUAAGAUCGCUGUCGUCCUCCAAGACGCUCCAGGCAAGAUGCUCACUUUUACUCAGUUGAUGGACAGACUGGCCCCAUUAAUCUACGAAGACAGAAAAUCUUUUGAAAACAACAUCAGAGUUUGUUUAUCAACUCACAAAUGUUUUGUAAAGAUUCCCGUGGUUCCUAAUUCACUGGACAGUAAGAGAAACUACUGGAAACUGGACCCCAGUCUGAUCACAGCAAAGAUGGCGCGUCGUCACUUCAAAGGAAUCCUGCAGCUCUUCCCUGAGUUGGAAUCUAAAGUGGAAACAGAGAACACGAGCAGACCGUCAGAGAACUGCUCAGCUCUGCACUCCCCUGAACCUGCAGCCUGCAGAGCUGUUCAGAUCAGAUGUGAGGUGAAGUUCAGCAGUCCUUUCUCCAUUGAGUCCCUCCUGAAGAGAGACAGUCCCUCUGCUCGGACCUCCAGAGCUUCUCCUCUGUCCAGUGUGCCGGUCAGAGUGGAGCAGCAGACUCCAUCCACACACAGACAGGUUGGGACAAAGAAGAGCUUCAGAUGGGACCCUGAGGAGCGUUUCCUCCUUCCAGCACCAGCUGGAAGCUCCCUCACCUGCUCAACAGGGGGCAGCACACACCAUGGACUCACUGCUACUGGAGCUGCUCAGCCCAUCGAGAGGGGAAAUGUGUGCACUCAGUCCUCGUUCCCUGUCUACACAAGAGCCAGUGCUGCUCCUUAUUUCACCAGCCCAGACACACGUUACAUCACUUACUCUGUACCCACAUUUACCCAUGAUGCUCUCCGGUUCCGUAUGUAAAAGUAUUUUUACUACUUCUGAGUUGCACUUUUAUAUGUUAUAUGUUUUUGAGUGGACCAUACACCCCAGAGAGAUUUCUCCUUUAUAUCAGACACACUUUUAAACCACACAAGGCACAUAAAUGGUCUCAUGUGUGUCACUUUGUGUCAUAUGUUUAUUUUAUUUGUGGCUGUAUUUUGUCGGCAGAAAACUCAGGGUUUAAAAUCACCUGAAGCUCUACCUGAUAAGCUGUGUGUAAUAUGGCUUCUGGGGUAUUUUGUGAAUUUUUUAACAUUGUUUCUUAUGUGUUUGAUGUCAGCAUCUGACCAAAGGAGGGCAGCAUAGUAUUUCAAGGUUUAUCUUGAAAUACGUCAAGACACACUCUUGUAUCAAACAGAUGAUUAAAGAUUUUUCU